GAGAGAACAGUUUGCAGGGUGUGCGUGCGAAGAGAACGAGUGAUAAAGAGAAAGGAGAAGACCAGGAGCGGCGAAAGAGUGAGGGAGAGGAAAGAGAAAACGAGCGAGAGCGGGGGAAAGAGAUAGAAGGACGGCGAGCGAGACAGAAACGGAGAUAUAGAAAGAGAGAGGAAGGAAACGAGAAAAAGAGAAAGAGACAAAGAUCCUAAAAGGACGGACAAACAAGUGGGAGAAAGAGAGAGAGAGAGAGAGAGAGAAUAACAGUGAGGGAGAGGGAACCAGCUCGUUGGUUCGAGCGAGCAACGCACUGGUGACAGAAAGACGGACGGACGAACGGACAGACAGGCGGACCGACAGACGGACGCGGCUUCCCCUCUGCUCGCGUUCACUGCCAGUUGGUCGCGCGUUACCGAGCCAAGUGGAUGUGUUCGCGGUUGUGCUCCCGCUGAAAAAAAGUUCUCGUUGAUCACCACGCCGCACGAGAGUGAAAGAAGGAAAGAGAGAGGCCUCUCUUCCUACGCACGUCGCCGUGAUAAACACGAACGUCCCGUUUCUGCACGUCAUAUCGAUAUACGCGUGAAUCUGUGAGAGACGCGCCGUAAGCGCAUUGUGUCGCCGGUGAGCGAAUUCGCCGAGAAAGGAUUACAAGGUGCAUCGCAAAGUGCGCGACGACGUAUAUCUACACGUAUCGCAUUUUUUUGGGGAAAUAUCUUUCAACGCCGUCGCUCUUGUUGCGAGAUUCGAGAGGACGGUUUAGCUGGACACCACCUGGUACCCAGAAGCAAGUGAGAUAAAGACAGGUGGCACGAGAAAGUAAGAAGCAAACAUGGGAGCGAGACAGAGCAAGAGGUCCGUGGAUAUAACGACGACGCCGAAGAAGGAGGGAAUACCCGCCGAAGGAGGCGUCGUCGGCGAUGCGGCCGCACCUGGUGAUGGCAAGCUGGAAAGGAUCGAGGAGGCCGACACGAAGCCUACCACCAACGGCAUAGCACCGCACACGGACACCGCCGAGGAUAAAGAAAAAGACAAAGAUGAGGCCACCGAAAAGGAUAAGGAGCAGCAGCCGCAGCAGGAGGAGGUAAAAGCCGAGGAGACGAAGCAAGAGUCGUCUGGAGACUCUCCUGCGGAGGUUGCUGAGGUCACGACGCCCACAGAGGCCACCCCUGCCAGUCCGAACACUGCCACUUCUCCAGACAAUAAAGAAACCAAAAAGAAGGAUAAGAAGAAAAAGUGGUCCUUCAGGUCGAUCAGCUUCAGCAAGAAGGACAAGACCAAGCCGAGCCGCGAUGAAGCGCCCAAGAAUGGAGAUGUCACUAAGGAAGAGCCACUCGCAGAGGGUGGCGAAGAUGCAGAGAACGCAACGGCCACCGCGAGCAGUCCGAUGGAGGAGAAAUCAGCGGCGAGCAGUCCAUCGGCGGACGAGCAGGUAGCCGCGCCAGUAGCAGCAUCCGCGGCUGAGCCGAAGGAAGAGGCUGCCGCGGCGUCGCCAGCAGCAGCAGCAGUCGCCGCCGCCGCUAGCCCGGUCGAGGAAAAGAAAAAGGAAUCCACUCCCUCCGCCCCCACUCCCGUCCCGUCCGAGGAUAAGAAAGAGGAGGCGGUCGAAAAAGUCGAGGCCGAGAAAAAAGUAGUCGAGGUCAGUCAGUCAGCCGGCGGUCACUCCGUAGCGGACCCGGUAGAGAUCCCCAUCUACCGAGUCCAGCCAGUCGCGACGCCGUCUAUCAUUGAGAGGAAAGCCAGUGAGGACCUCCCAUCCCUGCCCCCGUCCAGUCCGCCGCCGACUCCCAUAGAUCCCUCGCCCUUGCAGCAGGCUCGGCAGGCCGCGGCGAGCGCCACGGCCCUGGCCGAGGCGCUCAAACUGCCUGCCGUGGCUGUUGACGAGGAGGAAUCGACGUCGGCACUACCGCCCGACGUUACGUAUCCGUCAUCCCGCGAGGACGUUCUUUCUCAAGAGAGCCGCGCGAGCGAAUCCAUCACCGCCAUUGCUAUCACAUCCCCGACGCCAAUUGAUCCUUCCAUCGACAACCUGCCCCCGACGGAAGCGACUUUUGUCCUUGCGGAAGUAGAGUGCUUGCCGGUGGUAGAGGCCGAGGUCGAAGUCGAGACAUCUCAAAAUGUCGCAAAAGAGAAGAUGUUAGGGAGUAGCUGUGUUAAUAAAGAAGCCGGAAUUGAGAUGAAGGUAGAGAGCAGCGUCGCGAUGAAGGAAGAGAUAUCAGAGUGCCAGAAAAAUGAAGCAAAUAGCACACAGAAGACUCCAAGUAAAGAUAUAGAGGAAGUUCCCGAUGUUGUUACAAUGGCUAAAGUUAUGAACGAAACUAUAUCGGACGCGGAAUGUCAAAUAAAGAACGAGAUAAAUAGCUGCAAAGUUACGAUGAAGAUAAACGUACCGCCUAACGUCGAAGAUAAUGAAAAAGUCGAGACUGAAACAUUAUCGUCGGCUGAGAUUGAAACGAAAAGCGUCUGCCCGGCGCUAAAACAGUAUUUAUCUUCUGAAAAUAUAGGAAGUUCUCCAGAUAAAAUAACGCAGCAUGUGGAAUCAAUUGAAAAACUAUCAGACUCGGAUCUUCCUUCGGUUGAAAAAUGUAUGUUUGUUGACACGGCGGAAUCAUUGGAAAUUCUUUCCACAGAGCUGAUUGAAAGUUCAUCGAGAGAAUUCAAGCAAUCGUCGGCAAUAGUCGAUGUGGAACAGUUGAACGAAAAACUUUCCGGAUAUGAUCACGAUUACGCAAAAUAUAUGUCGAAAGAAAUCAAGGAAGAAGAAGGAAUCACAUCGAUGGCUUCGCCGACCGAAUUAUUCAUAAAUUCCGAAGAGGGUCCGCUAUCGGUUUCGGAGGAUAUUCUGGUGGAAGCCAAGCCAGCGCUGAUCAUUCCAGAAGAUGAUAGUGUGGAGGAACUCACCGACACCACUGAAUCCGUUAAGAUAAUUCCCGAAACCGAUGAGGAGAAAAUGGAAAACGAACUUGAAUCGGAUAUUGCAUUGCUUACGGAAGAGACUCUGAUCUCGGAAGAAUUGGAGGACAUGUCCGUUCCGGAAGACGCGGCAGUUGAACCAUUAAACGAAUUAGUCGGCAUGUCUAAUAGUAACAAGAAAAACGAAACAAAGAUGAUCAAUGAAAUGGCUACGCUGUCAUAUUCGCCUGAAGAUUUAAUCGCAUUCAGCUCUCAAGUAUCCGAGCUUCAAAGCACAGCGAAUGUAAUAGACACAGAAUCAACUGAUAAAAAAGAACCGAUCGCGAUAUCUAGUUUGGUCACUGAAGCAGAAUCAUUUGUAACGUCCCCCUCGCAAAUUGAGCAAACCGAAGAGAUUAAAAGCUGUCCUCUUUCACCGAAGAAUCGCGUAACAUCACCGGCAUUCUGUCCUUCAGAUGAUUUGGAAUCGAUGCAUCCCUUGCCACCGCCGCUUUCAGACGCUCCGACGUGUUCCCUCUCAGAAAAGCUCUCGAAUGAGCCUCUGACGCUAAGUCUUUCGCCUGAACCCGAAAGCGUACCUAUCUCUCUGGAAGAUCUGCCUCCGGCACCUGAAGAUACGGGGACGCAAAGUUUAGAUUCCUUCGAUUAUCCUUUACCACCGGAAGAACUCGCUUGUCCAUCAUCAUUGAUCGCUCCCCUGAACACGUCCGAAUUAUCACCAGCUCCCGUCGAGCACGCGGCUAGCCCGAGAGACCCGACAGAGACGCUCCUCACACCGCCUAUAAGUCCUAACUUCCAACAGUCCAAUAUCACACUUGGCAUCGCGACAGAAACCGCCACGACAGAUCGCUCACAAAUUCCCUCAUAUAACGAGGAUGACAGCAGCAAUUAUGAACAAUCGAUGCUGCUAAGCGAACCGCUCACGAUGUCAUGUGAUCAAUCGGAUGUUGAUUUGAAGGAGAGACUAGCGGCCGAGUGUAUAGCGAAGACCGAAAGCCAGGAAGAGGCCUUGUCGUGUCAGUUGUCGAACGCCAUCCCGUCGACUGCCGCCAAGGAGCAUCACCAGGUGACUAACAUGCAACACAAUCUCCUGGCCAUCGAGGAGAUCGACAUAAGUGAUAAAGCAGUCGCGGCAGCAGUAAACGAAGCUAUCGAAUGUAACACAAAUGAAAUCAUCGCUGACGCGCAUCACCAAAACAACAUAAACGAAUAAGCGCCACUAAUCGAAUUGUAUUUUGGAAAGAAGAAAGUUCUUUUCUCUCGUUAAAACCAAAAAAGUAUAUUAUAUAGAUAUGUAUAUUUGGACCAUUCCUGCAACAGAAAAUAACGUUCUUUCGUUACGAGCAUCAAAAGAAAAAAACGGGGCGACGACGAUGAUGACAACGACGACGACGACGACAACGACAACGACAACGACAACGACGACGACAACGACGAUGACGACGACGACGACGACGACAUCAACGACGAUGACAAUGACCGCGACAUCGCGAGAGCAUAUAGACUCUAUAGUAGGCCUAUUAAUUAUUAGACGGUGUUUAGCGGCAGGGUAAACGAGAAUAACGAGAAUAACGUGAAACGUCUAUGAUCGUUUAUUUAAAAACUAUUUGCGUUCACGAGGCCAUAUGUCAUGUGAACGUACGAUUCUGGAGGAGCACGCAUAACGUUCGUGCACAGUCUUUUUCGAAGAUUGAACGAUACUCGUUUCAUUGUUUGUAGCGCGCGGGAAGGGUUUUAAAGCGCCGAAGUACCUUUCGGAUCGCGUCCAGCCGCGAGUUACAACGAUCGUCCCUGCUGUGUAGAAAUUUAAAGUAUCAUUAACUGUUACUGAAGUAAAGUCUAAUGCUCGAACAUCGCGCGACGGACAAGCGAUCAAAGCGAUUAAUUGAAAUCGUCAGGACGAUAGGGCGAGAAUCGUUCGUCGCGCAUUCCAGAGGAAAUACUCAUUGGAUGGCGCCCUCCCAUAAUUACAUAACUAUUGUACUCUAUGAGAGCGAAAGAGUGUGAACGAGAAUGAAAGCGAGAUAGAAAGCGAAAGCAUGAGAGAGAAUGAGAGAAAAAGAGAAAGAGAAAGUCGAAAUACAGAGGAAGAAAUCGAGAGAGCAGGCUGUGUGUGAUAUAGCGAUUGACGGUGUGAAAGGGGAAAGAGAAUGAUAGCACGCGAAAUGAAAGAUGGGAAUGCGUCUUCGCCACGGUGAGAACAGGAAAAAGAUGGAAAUAAGCGAGCGAGAAAACUGGAAGAGGAAACGGAGGAAGAGAAUUAUUCAGCAACACGCGACAAAGUUUCGUACGAUUGAAAUAAAAUCGCAUCUACACUGGCGACUUCGAGGGGGCACUCAGCAUAUUAUUUCGCUCGUAUUUCCUUCGCGGUCCUUGGUUUUCCUUUUUCCGUUUACAUCUGUACAAUCGAAACAUUUUACGUUGUAACGAAGAACUGCACAUUUUUAACAUAAUUUUGAUAGGCGCGCACAAAGGCGCUUGCGAGCACACGAGGAGACACGUUAUACACCAACACAUGCAAAGAGGACAUUUACACCGCGUAUACGUAUAUACGUACCAUGGAACAUACGAGAUAAAGUAUAUACAGUAAGUCGAAAAAAAAAAAGAUGUAAGUGAUAUAUUAAUCUAGAGUAUAGAGAGAAUGCGUUUGUGUAAAUUCGGCGUUUGUUCGAACAUUGCUAUUUCUCCAUACGAGAAAGAACACUUAUGACGAAGCCUAUCGUAAUUUUUAUGAUAAUCAUUAAAAAAAUAUCGCCUAAUUACAAUUUAUGAGACAUGCACAAUUUACCAUCCCGGAACGGUACCUUUGUCAAGUUUUCAUACGAUGUUUCUACGUUUCUACGUUUAUACGGAUCUCCAGAAGUAAAAGAGUAAUUACGAAAGCUUUUUUUAUUACGAUCGUAGCAUAGAUCAUAAAGUUGUAAACGAGAAGCGCAUUAUACACGUGUGACACGCUCCCGAUAUCCGGUAAUAUCGCCGAGCAUAGGAGGAAAGGACCAAGUUUCUUACUUGGGUCCGCGACCGGCAUUAUCUUCUAAGCGGUUACAUACAUAUUUACGUGUAAGGGCGGAAAGGAGGUAAAGUUUAAAAGUUGUAUAGUAAAAACCAUUCAUUAAAUAUAUCUGUCCGUAAAAUGAUCUUUACAACGAAAACGAAAAAAAAAAUACGUCUUGAUGAGGCGACAUGUUUUGGCGACGAGAGCGAACUUUUUAUCGAAAUUUUUCACGAGCGAACCGAGACUGAUAAUAUCCGUGCACCCGUACCAUUCUUUGGUGAUUCUUAUCUCUGAGGCGCCGUCAAGGCAAACCUCGCUCGUUUAUUUAUUUUGCGUCGGAGACUACAAAAUUGUGAAUGAGACUUUUUGGAUCAAAACCGCCUCAGACGCGAAAGUACAGUCUCCAGUAUCUUCGAUCAGCAGUUAUAAUAGUAACUAAACUAUUCUACAUUUAUCUAUAACCUAUAAUAAACUGUGAAACAAAGUGUA